AUGAGCGUGCCGGAUCCGACCAAUGCGCUGGAAACCACGCCACUGAACCCGUUCCACAAUCCCUGGAGAGAACAGUCGCCAUGGCGGAUCAUCCGACCGCUCUCUGUGGCGUUUCUGGCGACCGCGAUAGCCGGGGUUAUCGGCCCCAAUUUUCUGCUGGCGACUCUGUGCAAACACUACUACGACGGGCGGGAGGGCCUUGACCCGGAUUCCCUCACCAUUUCCAACCCGCUGUGCCAAAUAUCGCACCUUCAAGUGCAGGCGGGCACCAACCAGAGCAGACUCAAUCUGUGCCGAAAUGUGGUUGCUCUGAUAGUUUUCCCGCGGCUGAGUGCGUGGAGUGACCGUCGGGGACGCAAGCCGAUCCUCAAAAUUGCCGCCGGAUUCACCCUGGUAUCGCUGACCCUACAAUGGUGCGUGCAGCAUUUUUGGAGGUGGUUCCCUGUACCCACCUUUAUUCUCGCCGGUUGUCUGGACCUGUCGGCGGUGGUGUUUCAGCUGGGAGUCCUGGCCAUUGCAGAUUCCACUUGUAGACGCACAGUCAAUACGUCGUAUCUGUUUGUGGCCUCCUAUCUCUUCACAGCUCUGGGUUCUUACGUAGGCUCCGAGCUGGCUAAAAGAGGCCUCUCCACCCUCGCAGCCGUUUACGUGCCGCUGUACCUAGUCUUUUUCAUCUGGACGUGGUUUGUUUCCGAGACCUUGCCCUACUCGGAACGAGACAAGGCCACAGAAGUGCACAACGAAAAGACAGACUCCAGAAGAAAGACGCUGCUGUACUACGGCAACCCGCUGCAACCGCUGGCGGCUCUUCUGAGCCCGGCGCAUCGCCGCAUCAAGAUCGCCAUGGUCAUUUUCGCAGCUGCUUGUGCUCUGGAAGACACUUUUUACCAGACAUCGCAGUACGUGACUCUGCUCUACAUCGAGUACAGAUUCAAGUGGACCAGCAUCCAGCUGGGCAAGAUGCAGGCCGCGUCGGCAGCCGUGUCGCUGGUCAUGGUCUGUAUUGCUCCCUUCAUUCUCCGAGAGCUGGAAAAGCGAAGAAACCCCGUCACCCAAGAUAUCCACGUGCUGAGAACCGCGGCAUUCUGGACCGCCUCUCUGGCGACCAUCAAGGCGCUGGCGGGCUCAGUGGCUCCGUUUGUCGUUGCCCACGUGCUUCUGGGACUCAGAGCCGUCGCCGAUUCGCCCCACAAGUCCGUAGCCAUGGCCCUGGCGCCCUCGGCGGCCGCAGGACAGGUUUUGGGGGCUUUGGAGAUGGCCGUGACACUGGUGAAGAUUCCCGCCAGCACUGUUUUGGUCCGCAUGUACUCCUGGACGGUGUACACCAACCCUGCUGCGGUUCUCUGGAUCAUUUGUUUCGGAGAGUGGAUUGCUUUUGCCUUCUUUUUGGCCCUGUGGGUGUAA